GUCGCGAUGCCGGGGCCAGGUCGGGCAGGGCAGAGUCAUGGCGGCGCCGUUGCGGGACCGGCUGAGUUUCCUGAGCCGGCUGCCCACGCUGAUCAAGAGCACCUCGGACGACGAUGCCCCCUGCCCCGGGUACCUGUUCGAGGAAAUUGCCAAGAUCUCCCACGAGUCGCCGGGGAGCAGCCAGUGCCUGCUGGAGCACCUCCUCGCCCGCCUGCACAGCCGCUCCUGCCACGUCAAGCUGAAGGUGCUGAAGAUCCUGCUGUACAUGUGCACACAUGGCUCGUCGCCCUUCCUCCUCCAGCUGAAGAGGAACUCCACCUUCAUCCAGGAAGCAGCAGCCUUCGCGGGUCCCCCGGAUCCUCUGCACGGCAACAGCUUGUACCAGCAGGUCCGGGCAGCUGCGCAGGACCUGGCCAGCGCGCUGUUUUCGGACACCUUGCUGCCCCAGCCAUCUGCAGCACCUGCCAGGCUGCCCGCCCCAGCAGGAAUGGGGGCCAGCUCCAGCCCCUGCAGCUCCCUACAGGGCUUCGGCUUCACCCGGGAACAGGGCAGCUCCGCUUCCCCAGGUGAAGCCCUGCUCAGCACCAUCCAGAAAGCGGCUGAGGUGGUUGCCAGUGCCGUGCUUCCCAGGCAGGACCCGUGCCGGCCCCGGAGCAGGGAGCUGCAGGAUGAUGCCUACCAGCCCGUGACGGCGCCCUCCCCCGGGAGAAGCUAUGCGGGGUCUGAAAAGCCCCUGGCCCCUGCAGCCCACGGCAUGCGUGUGAGUCACCAGCCGGGGCAGCCGGGCGGCGGCUGGGAGGAGACGGACAGCAGGCGCAGCUCCCAGGACUCCUCGCAGGAGAACGGCGAGCUGAGCCGCACCUCCGACUCCUACAGCAAGUCGGGCAGCGACAGCCACUCGGGGGCCAGCAGGGAGCUGGGGGGCAUCACGGAGAGGACCCAGCGAUGGAGCUGGCAUCUCCACCCCCGCUGCAGGGUGGAGGCUGACAACCGGGGCGACUGCCUGCAGGAGGUGAGCCUGGUGAGCGGGCUGGCCCAUGGCCCCAAGGUCUUCCUGACCCGUGAGGAGGUGCAGCACUUCAUCAAGGAGUGUGGGCUGCUGAACUGCGAGGUGGUGCUGGAGCUGCUGAACCGGACGCUGCAGGACCCCAGCGCCUGCGCCUGCAUGCGGGCCAUGUGCGCCAUUUCCGCCCUCAUGUGCUCCGACCUGCUGGCCCCGGACCAGAUCUUCCUGAUGACCCGGCAGCACCUGCAGCAGCUCAGCCAAGGCAGCCCCGGGCCCGUGGCCAACAAAGCCACCAAGAUCCUGAGGCAGUUCGAGGCCCUGUGCAGCAGCCGGACCACUCCCGCGAGCUGCCCCCUGGACCUGGCUGCCCCUGCCGGAGGGCCAGCCCAGUGCACACAGGACCUGCUGACCGACACGGUGCCUCUGGCAGGGGAGAGAGUUCUUCAGCCCAUCAGCCUGGCCCCACUCCCCUUGGGGGCAUGGGAGGCUCCUGACCUGGAUCCCCCUCUCUCCGCCACGCCAGCCUGCCUAGGACAGCUCAAGGCAGGUGCGGAGACCUGCGAGCAGGCCGGGGACGCGGUGAUCGUUGGUCCCUGCCAGCAGGAGGUGGCAUGCCGACUGGCGGGGGCACAGCCUGCGGAGGAUGGCGCUCACAUGGACCCCGGGCACACACACACGCCGAGCGGCGCAGGGGCUGCGUCCAUGCCCCUGCUCGGCCUCUCUCUCUUCGCCGGCAUGGAGCUGGUGGCCCCUUCGGACGCAGCACUGGCCACCGGUGGGGAGCCGGCGGUCGUGGCCCCAUGGAGGCCGCCCCAUGCUGGGGACCAGGGAGACCCCGCAGGCAACUUGGAGCCCUCCGUGUUCUCCUUCCUCAACAUGUAGCUGCCCUGCGCUCCGGCGACAGACUGGGCACGGACCGGCUGCCCUUCGAGGCCGCCCCUUCUUUCGGGCAGGAGGGGUGCUUGUAAGGCAGCACGUGACUGAAUCCUGCUGCACCCACCUGGCAGCACAUGGACCUGGCUGGGCUGAAUCCCCCUGGAAGAGGAUGUGGGGGCCACAGCCGUGGCCCCCAUGCUGCACACCGGCUGAGGACGGCUUCCUCUGUGCUGCAGGGGAAGGAGGGGGUGAGGCUUCAUCUCCUCAUCCCCUGAAGGGAGGGACCCACACGUGCUGGGCUGGCCUGUUGCACCCCUGCCCCGCUGUUGUGGGUUGGGGGGCUGCAGCCCAGAGUCAAGGGGCACGUGGGCAAGGUGCUGCUCUGGGCUCAUCAGUGAAGCAUCGACUGCUGUAACGAGCUGCAGUGGCCUGGGUGGAGUCGCUCCAGGACCGUCCGACCAGGGCUCGGGCUCUGCGCCUGGUUGCUGUAGACACGUGGACCUUCAGGGCAGCAGGGCAGGAGACAUCGGACUAGUGGCAUCCUGGGCCCCCACGGCCGGACCCUCACGGAGCGCUGCCAUUGCAGACGCACGUUCCUCGCUGCUGGGUGGCAGGCACGGGGUCGGCCCGUGGGACCAGGAGGAGGGCCCGUGCCCGGUGGGGACAGGGAUGUGCCAUGUUCGCAGAUCCCAGGUGUUGCUGCUAGGUACCUGUUAAUAAAAGGAGCACAAAGCCGUGCACACGGAGA